GGCCGCGGCCCCGGAAGAGCUCCUAUGGAGCGGGGUUUCCUUGCCUUAUGCAAGGCAAUGGCGCCGCUGUUGGAGUACGAGAGGCAGCUGGUGCUGGAAUUGCUCGACAGCGACGGGCUGGUGGUGUGCGCCCGCGGGCUCGGCGCCGACCGGCUCCUCUACCAUUUCCUGCGGCUGCACUGUCACCCGGCCUGCCUGGUGCUGGUGCUCAACACGCAGCCGGCCGAGGAGGAAUACUUCAUCAAUCAGUUGAAGAUAGAAGGAGUUGAACACCUCCCUCGACGUGUGACAAAUGAAAUCACAAGUAACAGUCGUUAUGAAGUGUACACAGAAGGUGGUAUUAUAUUCGCAACAAGUCGAAUACUUGUGGUUGAUUUCUUGACUGAUAGAAUACCUUCAGAUUUAAUAACUGGCAUCCUCGUGUACAGAGCACACAGGAUCAUCGAGUCCUGCCAAGAAGCCUUCAUCCUGCGUCUCUUCCGCCAGAAGAACAAGCGUGGCUUCAUCAAAGCUUUCACAGACAAUGCUGUUGCUUUUGACACUGGUUUUUGUCAUGUGGAAAGAGUGAUGAGGAACCUUUUUGUGAGGAAGUUGUACCUGUGGCCAAGGUUCCAUGUAGCAGUCAACUCGUUCUUAGAACAACACAAGCCUGAAGUCGUAGAGAUUCACGUGUCCAUGACUCCCGCCAUGCUUUCCAUUCAAACAGCCAUACUAGACAUCUUAAAUGCGUGUCUGAAGGAACUGAAAUGCCACAACCCGUCACUAGAAGUGGAAGACUUGUCAUUAGAAAAUGCUCUUGGGAAGCCAUUUGACAAGACAAUCCGCCAUUACUUGGACCCUUUAUGGCACCAGCUUGGAGCCAAGACUAAAUCCUUGGUGCAGGAUCUGAAGAUACUGAGGACCUUGCUGCAGUACCUCUCUCAGUAUGACUGUGUCACAUUCCUGAAUCUUCUGGACUCUCUGAGAGCAACAGAGAAGGCGUUUGGUCAGAAUUCAGGUUGGCUUUUCCUGGAUGCUAGCACCUCCAUGUUCGUGAAUGCUCGUGCACGAGUUUAUCGUGUUCCAGAUGCCAGACUGAACAAAAAGGUCAAAAUGUCUGAAAAGGUGUCGAGUGCAGAAGGGCAAGAAACGAAAAAGGAGCUGGUCCUAGAAAGCAACCCCAAGUGGGAAGCGUUAAGUGAAGUCCUGAAAGAAAUCGAAGCGGAGAACAAGGAGAGCGAAGCCCUUGGUGGCCCAGGCCAGGUGCUGAUCUGUGCAAGCGAUGAGCGCACAUGCUGCCAGCUAAGGGACUACCUGGCCAUGGGAGCAGGCGCCUUCUUGCUGCGGCUGUACAGGAAAACCUUUGAGAAGGACAGCAAAGCCGAAGAAGUGUGGGUGAAUUUUAGGAAGGGGGAUGGCCCAAAGAGAACUAUGAAAUCUGACAAGAGACCCAAAGACGCUCAAAACAAAGAGCGCAUCUGCACCAAAAAAGGGGCCCCCAAAAGGAAGAAGCGAGAGCUGACUCUGACGCAAGUGAUGGGGGCUGCUGAGGAACCGCCAGAGGAUGGGGCUGCGGAGGAGGGCCGGUACAGACAAGCCACCAGUAGCUUAGAAGGCUGCUGGCAAGAGAUUGAGCACGAAGCUUUCGAUUUAAAUUUGUCAUCUGAUGCGGCCUAUGGCAUCCUGAAAGAGCCCCUGACCAUCAUCCAUCCGCUUCUGGGGUGCAGCGACCCCUAUGCCCUGACGCGGGUACUGCACGAGGUGGAGCCCAGAUACGUGGUUCUGUAUGAUGCAGAGCUCACCUUUGUUAGGCAGUUGGAGAUCUACAGGGCCAGCAGGCCAGGAAAACCGCUGAGGGUUUACUUUCUUAUAUAUGGAGGCUCCACAGAAGAACAGCGCUACCUGACCGCUCUGCGGAAAGAAAAGGAGGCAUUUGAAAAGCUCAUAAGGGAAAAGGCUAGCAUGGUUGUUCCCGAAGAACGAGAAGGCAGAGAUGAAACCAACCUGGACUUAGCAAGAGGCACAAUGUCCACAGACGCUCCCACUGACACUCGAAAAGCCGGUGGCCAGGAGCAUAAUGGCACACAGCCCAGUAUUGUGGUGGACAUGCGUGAGUUUCGGAGUGAGCUGCCGUCCCUGAUCCAUCGGAGGGGCAUCGACAUUGAGCCAGUGACGCUGGAGGUGGGCGAUUACAUCCUGACACCCGAGCUGUGCGUGGAACGCAAAAGCGUGAGCGACCUCAUUGGCUCGCUUCACAGCGGCCGCCUGUACAGCCAGUGCCUAGCCAUGUCACGCUACUACCGGCGGCCAGUGCUGCUCAUCGAGUUUGAUGCGGGCAAGCCCUUCUCCCUGGUGCCACGCGGUGCCUUCUUCCAGGAUAUGAGUAGCAGCGAUGUGAGCUCCAAGCUCACACUCCUCACCCUGCACUUCCCACGCUUGCGGCUGCUCUGGUGCCCCUCGCCUCAUGCCACAGCGGAGCUGUUCGAGGAGCUGAAGCACAACAAGCCUCAGCCUGAUGCGGCCACGGCCAUGGCCAUCACUGCAGACUCGGAAACGCUGCCUGAGUCAGACAAGUAUAACCCCGGGCCCCAAGACUUCGUGUUAAAGAUGCCUGGGAUCAACGCCAAGAACUGUCGCUCUCUGAUGAAUCAAGUGAAGAACAUCGCAGAGCUGGUCUCCUUGUCCCAGGAGCGGCUCACAAGCAUCCUGGGGCAUGCCGGAAACGCCAAGCAGCUGCAUGACUUCCUCCACACUGCCUAUGUAGACGUGGUGUCUGGAGGCAGAGUGAGAAAGUGACCGCAUUCAGAUUGCUGUUCAUUAAUCACUGCAUAGCAGUUCAUUCUUCCCCAGGGCUUUUGGGAUGAGCACUCUAUCCCCCAUGAUUUCCCCCAGAGCUCUGGGCUGAGAUGUGCCCUUACCUCCCCCUGCUGGUUCUCGCUCCCUGUGCCCUGUCUAUGCUAGGUUUGCAGUGUUCCAUUUUAAAUAAAGUGUGGUGGGAUUAUGCCACGUGAAGCAGGCAGAGCCAAUGUUUGCUACUCAGGCUGGUCAAAAAUAUUACACUGUGUUCCUAGCACUGUCUACACAGGGUAUGGUAGAGCUGAGACAGGGCUGCUGUUCCUAACAUUCUCUCCAGCCAUGUUUAGCUUCUUCACCUCCCACUCACAGGGACAAGCCAGCCCACUAGUCUCCUAGUCAUCACGUAUAUGUAGCAUGUACUAUGAUUUGGUUGUUUAAACCAGUGCUUUGGCAAAAAUUGUUUGUUGACAAGAUUUAAUGAGGUCAUGAAGGACUCCCCAGAAUUCUUGGUUUUCUCAGUGUUUGACCUCCAAAUUCCUAUUCUAAGCCCAAAUCACAUCAAAGAAUCUUCAGACCUCCUCCCACCCCACAUGUCACUGACAUCAUUCACACGUCAGUGACGCCAGCGUCAUACCAGAAGUGCACCAUCCCUGUCGUGCCCACACUCCUGUGCUGACUGGCUCUCCUGCCUAAAUGAGGACCAGACGAGAUCGAAGGAGGCCUAGGUGUUUUCUAGAUGUAGUUUUUUCUCCUUCACAUUAAACGAUUGUAGAUAAAUGGGAGAUCAGUGCAGAGAAUGCAUAAUUCAAAAGAAAUACAUAGAUAUUUAAGACCCACAAACCAAUCUAAAUGGUUGAUUUCUAUUGGAUUUUCUGUGCUAACACGGAAUUCACAACAUCUUCAUGCCAUUUGCAAACUGUGAUACUUAAGUACUAGCUGUUCAGGUGUUCAGUAAUAAGCAGUAAAUUUUCUACCUCAAGAGCUGAUGCCACACCACAUAACUUUCCUCAGUGUCAGCAUCUUGUGGUUUGUCAUGUUAAACUGAUUAAAAAGUGGACCUUGUAGCAAAAAUACUGUCUUCUCUGACUUUAUCAAAAGCACUUUGAACUGAGCUUUCCUGUUGACGUCAUGAUUUAUUGGUACUUAAGAGUACAGUUGUCCCUCAGUGUCCAUGGGCAAUUGCUUUCAGGAUCCUCUGAUGUUGCAAAGUCUGAGUGCUGCAGUCCUCCUUAUAACCUCUGCCUCCUGUGAACUUCAGGCCACCUCUAGGUGGCUUACAGCAACUGAUGCAGGACAGGUGGUGUUGCCCUAGGGGUAACGAUAAGAGUCUGCAUGUUUAGUAGAGAUGCAUUUGUUUCCUGUAUUUCCAAUCCUUGGUUGGUUAAAUCGGAGGAUGUAGAGGACAGCUCAGGAGGAUCUGUCAUCCUGUCCAGGGCCCUGAAUGAAUUUAGAGUAUCAAGACCCAGUCGAUUAUUGGAGCUUUCUGUUAUGUGGUGUGGAAAAUAGGGAGGAGUUAGAAAGUUGUUAGCUUAAGGUGGAAAAGGAAUCUGAGCUACUUGCUUCAUCCCAGGGAUAAAAAUGUGUUUGCCUUCUGGACCAGGACAGAAUGCCUGGUGAUGCACACACCCGAGUGUUCACUGUGGCUCCCACCUCCUUGACAUGGGUGCAUGGUCACUUCUACUCCUGGUGCAGUCUCUUUGUGUAACUCCACCCCUUUCUGUUGUUUGUCCCAUAAAACAAAAAUUGUAACAUAGCACAUGCUAUGAUGGGUGUUUCAUUCAGAAUUAAAUUUUCAAAGCCACCAUUUAAUGUCUUUAACACACUGACUUCCAGUGUCCCUCAGUUCCCCAUGUCAGCUGUCCACUGUGGCACGUGUGGGAAUAAGCAGCCACAGCCUGCAGUGGGCAUGAAGGUCUGAGGGUUUCUGUUGUCCUGGAUGAAGAGACUCACCACCUUUCCUGACUGUAUCACCUGUUUCCAGGUGUGGAACCCUUUCAGUACAUCCAUCAGUUGUUUGGUUUUUCUCAGGGUUUAUUUUUUUUUAGAAUCUUUGCUAAAGGAACAGGAAGCUGCAAAGAGAAAGUCUGUUUCCCAGCAGCAUUUUGCUGCCUUUGACUUUCUUGUUGUUCAAAAUCAUAGUUACCCAGUUUACGGAUGAGCUACUGAGUAGCUCUUAAAAGACCUUCAAAAGCUAGGUCAGCAUCAUGGUUACAAGCUGUUUAUAUAAAGCCUUGCACCUAAAAAUUAUGAAGAAUUACCUUUGAGUUUACUUGCUUAAAUCCUAGUACCUCUCUUGGUGUCUUAUUAAAAUAAUAUGAGCAGAUAUCCUACUUAAUAAUAGCCAUCAAGCAAAACAUGGUGGCACACAGCCCUAAUCCCAGCUCUUGGGGCAGCAGAGGCAGGUGGAUCUCAAAUAACAAAAAGUGGUGACCAUCAAUACUGUCCUCAAGUAGUGACUGUCCCUUUGGUGAACGAUCACCAGACUGUAGGUCUGCAGAUGUCUGAGUGCUUCAUGGUGCCUUCCUAGUUCACAAGGAACUGGAAAUGAUCUCAUCCCGCCCCAUCACGUCUGGGAAGUAUUGAGUGAGAUGCAGGGACCAGAAGGAAGGAGGCUUGACUCCGGCCUUUUUGUUUUCCCAGCAGAAUUUGAUUUCAUGUUGCCUUGGAGAACAUCUCAAGAGGGGUGUGUGUGUGUUUUGUGUGUGUGUGUGUGUGUGUGUGUGUGUGUGUGUGUGUGUGUUCAGCUUCUUCCUCAGCUUCAUGGACAAAAAAAAGGUUUUCAUUAUACAGAAUUGAUGGUUAAAGUGGGUUUGCUCUGAAUUGCUGCUUCUGUCUGGUGCCCAGUAAUCCACAUUCUAGGUCAUCAACACACUAACCUCAGUUGUUCCCUUCUUCACAGGCUGCAACAUCUUAUGAAAGGAGGUGGAGAAGAAAAACUCUUGUCCUCUUGUCCUCUGGAAAUACCAAUUUGUUGAAAACAAGUGUGUGGCGUCUGGGGCAUCCAAACAGAGUCACCUCCUGUAUUUUUACUCAUUUUAACUCAAAAGUUGGAAGUGAUAAAUUGUUCUUUUGAUAGCAAUGGGAUUUAUGAUUUCUUAAACAAGUUUAAUUAUAGAUUGAAUUGGGUCACCAGUGUGGUGUCCUGGUCUCUGCCUCUGCUUUGACUGUCCUUGCAUAGCCCUUUCUAAUGUAUGGAGACUGGCUCUCUUUUGAUGCUUUACCCUUUGAAUAAACACUGGCAAACUGCUGAACCUUUUCUUUCUGA